CGAAAGCGUGUCGCGUGCUAUUGGUGCGGACGAAGUCAACAUCUGACAUUACAGUUGCAUCAAGUUGCACAAAAAAAGCAAGAGAUAAGAAUACUUUAAAAAUUUUGCAAUAUUAAAAAUAUUUUAAUUAACUUUUAUUUGGGUGCAAACUUUUAAGAAAAAUACUUUUUUUUUAUUUGUGAGUGUACUGAAAUUAGUACCUAUAUGGUACGGUUCAACGUUAAAUACUUUUACAAUCAUUUCUGUGAACACCGACAAUAAUACAAGUGACAAUGUGGAUAACACAAGGAUGUCGUUGUAUUCAGUCAUUGAAAGUGGCUCCAAGUAAGCUGCUGGGAUCAAACACAAGUAUACACAGCCAUUUGGCCUCAAGGAAGUUAAUUACAUCAGCUAGAACCAUAAAAAAUAAUACAGGAUUUAAUAAAGGUUUUACUCUACGGGACUUGAUCAAAUCAAAUGGCAUUAUUGCAAGAUUCUGCUCUACAUCACCUAAGCCAAAACAGAGCAAGGCAGUUGGGUACUGGCUUCUUGGCUGCAGUGGAAUGGUGUUUACGGCUGUAGUGCUAGGUGGAGUGACACGUUUAACUGAGUCCGGUCUUUCAAUGGUGACAUGGAAGCUACUAGGAGAAAAGCUUCCUAGAAGUGAAGAAGAAUGGCAGACAGAAUUUGAGACAUAUAAGCAAUACCCUGAAUACAAAUACAAAAACAUGAACAUUACCCUCUCGGAGUUCAAGUGGAUCUGGUACAUGGAGUACGCGCACCGCACGUGGGGCCGCGCCAUCGGCGCCGCGGUGUUCCUGCCCGCCGCGUGGUUCUGGGCGCGCGGGUACCUGGACCGCGCCAUGAAGGUCCGCGUCGGGGCCUACUGCGUGCUCGUGGCCGCGCAAGGGCUAAUGGGCUGGUACAUGGUUAAAUCCGGUCUUGAAGACAGAUUCCAAGGCCCAUCAGAUGUUCCUAGAGUGUCCCAAUAUCGUCUGGCCGCUCAUCUCAGCUUGGCCUUCAUUCUGUACUCUGGCCUCGUCGCCGGAUCCCUGAGAAUGCUUCGUCCAUUCCCUUCGGGCUACACGAUUAAGAGAAUCAAGGAGUUGAAGAGUCUCACUGCGCUCGCGCACACAGUCAAAGCCAUGGUGUUCUUCACUGCCGUUUCGGGCGCGUUCGUGGCCGGGCUCGACGCGGGGCUCGUGUACAACUCGUUCCCGAAGAUGGGCGACGAGUGGAUCCCGAGCGACAUCCUGUCGUUCAGCCCGCGCGCGCGCAACGUGACGGAGAACCCCACGACGGUGCAGUUCGACCACCGCGUGCUCGGCACGGGCACGCUGCUGGCGGCCAGCGCCGCGGGGCUGCUCGCCGCGCGCCGCCCGCUGUCGCCCGCCGCGCGCCGCGUCGCGCUCGCCGUCGCCGCCGCCGCCUGGCUGCAGGUGGGCCUGGGUAUCACGACGCUGCUGACGUACGUGCCGACGCCGGUGGCCGCCAGCCACCAGGCGGGCUCGCUGGUGCUGCUGACGCUGGCCGUGUGGCUCACGCACGAGAUCAAGCUGCUCAAGUACAUCCCCAAGUGAGGAGGCACGUUGCGCACGUGGUCAAUGCGUUCAGUCGAACUGAAGUACUGUGAUUAUAUCAAUACGUGUAAAUAUCGUUGAAGUUCGGAGAACAGUAUUGCAGAUUGUAAUUUAUUUAUUCUAAGUAAUAAAUGUAGUUUAUUGUUUUGU